AUGGCUAUUGUCGCCACUCUCGUAAAAGAAGCCGGCGUCACCUUCCGGGAAUGGGCAGAACAGUACGGCGGCAUCCUUUGCUACAAGAGUCUUUUCAACAGCCAAAUCAUCCACCUCGCCGACCCUGAGGCUAUCCAUCAUGUCUUCAAUACCCAUGCUUACCAGUACCUGAAACCUGACCGUGUCAUCCGCGUGAUGGAUCCCGGCUGUCGUCAAGUUACUUCGUCGUACUACUCCAAGAUUCCCCUCAGGCAUAAUCAGGUUCGGUUGCGGGUUGCUCGGUCGAUCGAUAAGGCCGUACGCCAGAUCGUUUGCCAGAAGAGAGACAGGAUGGCAUUGGAAAAAAAUGACGGCAAGGACCUCCUUAGCAUGAUCCGCGCGAGCGAGUCGUCGGGUAAUGGCAUGCUUACGGAUGAUGAUCUUCGAGCGCAGAUCAAGAACUUAUUAGCUGCCGGAAACGACACCUCCUUGGUCGCGGUGACAUGGAUGCUCCACAUCCUCUCAACCCGCCCCAAGGUACAAUCCAGACCCCGUCAAGAGUUCCUGGCACACAUUGGCCGCCCCACCGACAAGACCUCCUCCUCCACCUUCAACUACGACGCUCUACACGCAUUACCCUACCUAAACAUAUGCAUCAAGGAGCUCUUCCGCUUCAUCCCUCCAGUCGCCUACACCUCACGAGUCGCAUCCCAGGACGACAACGUCCUUGGCUACGACAUCCCCAAGGGCACCGAGAUCCAGCUCAUGUCUGGGGGCGAGGAUGCAGAAGAGUUCAAACCCGAGCGGUGGAUGGAUCCUUCGUCGUUUUCUGAGGAGGACCAGCAGUCGAUCAACUUUGUCACGCCCGACAUGCUGUGGGCAGAUAUGCCCUUCUUGACAGGUCCUCGUAGCUGUAUUGGAUCCAAGGUUGCCCUUAUCGAGACUAAGGUCAACCUGUAUCCUGUACUACCUUUGAUCGACCUCGAGUACACUCCUGUCCCAGGGUUCACGUUCAAGACUUCUGUUCGGAUUACUGUGCGACCGUCUCCUGGGAUGAAUCUCAUUGUUAAGCGAUUUGAGCACGAUGCCUCAGUCAACCCCAUAACACCACAUUAG